AUGGAGAAGGCGGCCUUGGAAGCGGCGGCGGCGGCUACGGCACCUCCGGCUGCAUCUAUCCCAUUGGACUCGAGGCCGGCAUCACCGAGUACUCAGAGCACAGCGGGGGCGUUCAUCUACGAGCUCGAUGACGUGCCGCCUACGCUGAGGAAAGCGAAGAGGGUGGAUCAAAAUGGGCAAAUUAAGCGCGUUCGGACCGUAGAGGAGGCGCAGAAGAAGGUCUGGACGACGAUCGCUAGGAGGGACGUGGUCAAGGUGUACAAGUACCAAACCCAAGGAUAUCAACAACGUCAGAGCCAGCUAGAGCGCCUCGCUACCCUCGCCUCCCGCCAGGCGCGCAAGCCCUUCACGAAGACGCCCAAGUCGACGAAGGAUGCGCAGACGCGCGCCAAGCGGCUCAUGCGCGAGAUGAUGGGCUUCUGGAAGAAGAACGAGAAGGAGGAGCGUGACGUGCGCCGGCGUGAGCAGAAGGAGGCCGUGGAUCGCAUGAAGGUGGAGGAUGAGAAGCGCGAAGCGGCGCGGCAGGCGCGCAAGCUGGAGUUCCUGAUCAGCCAGACGGAGCUGUAUAGUCAUUUCGUCGGGAACAAGAUCAAGACGGACGAGAUAGAGCGGAGCGAGGGUCAGGAAGGGCAGCCAAACGCGGAUUACGUACCUACUGGGGCUACCCUACAGUCCGUCGACGCUGAUCAGCUUCGGGAGAUCGACUUCGACGAUGAGGACACCACCAAUCUUCAUCAGACCGCGAGGCACAAUGCCGAGCAAGCGAUCGCCGCCGCCAAGGAGCGCGCUGCCGAGUUUGACAAGCAGGCGGGUCGUCAACCAUUCAACGGGAGCAGAGCACAGAGCGGCGAGAAGGAGGACGUCGAGACGGGCGGGGAGGGCGGUCUCACCGAGCAGCAGAUUCUCGCUAACCUUGGUGUAGUGGACGAUGAGCUCAACUUUAACGAUCCUACCACGCUGGAUGGACCGAUGCUUGUGCAGCAGCCGAAAUAUCUUACGACGCCUCUGAAGGACUAUCAGCUCAAGGGCUUGAACUGGCUUGCGACGCUGUACGAGCAGGGCAUCAACGGCAUUCUGGCCGACGAGAUGGGUCUCGGCAAGACCAUCCAGUCGAUCUCAUUGCUCGCCUACCUGGCAGAGAAGCAUAACAUCUGGGGCCCCUUCCUCGUCGUCGCGCCUGCAUCGACCCUGCACAACUGGGACGCUGAGCUGACACGCUUCGUACCGAAGCUGAAGGCGAAGCCGUACUGGGGCCAGGUCAAGGACCGAGCGACGAUGCGCAAGUAUUGGAGCAAGAAAGACCUGACGUACGAUGAGGACACCGAUCACCAUAUCAUCGUAACCAGCUACCAGAUGAUCUUGCAGGACCAACAGUACUUCCAGCGCGUGAAGUGGCAGUAUAUGAUUUUGGACGAGGCGCAGAACAUCAAGAACUCGGCUAGUGCCCGUUGGAAGGUGUUGCUCGGCCUGCAAUGUCGCAACCGACUCUUGCUCACUGGUACACCUAUUCAAAACUCCAUGCAAGAGUUGUGGGCCCUGCUGCACUUCAUCAUGCCCAGCUUGUUCGAUAGCCACGACGAGUUCAACGAGUGGUUCUCCAAGGACAUCGAAAGCGGCGUGGGCAAGAAGGGCGGGAACCGACUCAAUGAGCACCAGCUUCGUCGACUUCAUAUGAUCUUGAAGCCGUUCAUGCUUAGGCGAUUGAAGAAGCAUGUCCAGAUGGAGUUGGGCGAGAAGAUCGAGAAGGACGUCUAUGUCGAGAUGAGCGGUCGCCAGGGCAUUCAAUACUGGGAUACCGUCAAGUCCGUCUCGAAGUCCGACGUCAAGAGUGCGCUUGCGCCGAGCACUGGGCAGGAGAGUAGUUACCGCUACCUCUACAACAUCAUCAUGCACCUUCGCAAGAUCAUCAACCACCCUGAGCUCAUGGGACGUACGGCGGUGCAGAUGCCCUUCUCGUUUUCGCCUUGUCGGCCGCCCGUCUCCUUUGCACGGGAGGCGGACACGCUGAUGGUGCCAUACUCCGCCCGCAACCUCAUUGAGUACACGGUACCGAACCUGCUCUGGCAAGAUGGUGGAUUCAUGUCCCUGCCAUAUGAGGAGUCCAAGGCUCCGUCGCGCAGUAGCGUUCUGACGAAGCUCAUGAACAUCUGGUCGACGGACUGGAUCGAGAAGUCUCUGGCUGAAGAUGCGGCAUCGUCUUUCUCCUUCCUGCGGCUGUUGGGCUUGACAUCAAGCGACGCGCAUCGGAUAUCCGAAUCGUCACUCUUGUAUCGUAGAUUGCUCGGCCUUCAACAGGAGAGGAAGAUGAUCGAGAAUGGACCUUACUCUACGGAUUCCGACUUCGUUGCCUGCACUGCGCAACCACGCUUGCGCUUCAGCUUGUACCAUCCUGUUCAUGACCUCGAAGUCGCUCAUGGCCAACCGGCGCUGACGGAAAUCUCGCGCACAUCAUGGGCCACAUCCGUUCUAUCUCUUCCUUCUGUCCGCUUCUACAGGCCUGCUGCUGUUGCUCCACCCGUCUCCGUCCACUGCAAUGACCGCGCCUUCCUUGACUCUCGCAACAACUGGCUCGAGGCGCCGUUCGAGACCCUCGUCCUCUACGGUCUUCCACCUGCUCUUCGACAGUCGGAACGCGCUUGCACGUUGUACGAGGAGCGCAUACCUGCGCUUCCUCCGACUGGUCUCUUGAGCAUGACGCACCGAUCUCAGAUACCGCCGACGUUCAUUCACACCCCCGCCGCCAACCGUCUCAUCUACGAUUCGGGCAAGCUCUCGGGAUUGGACACGUUGCUGCAGCAGUUGAAGGCCGAUGGUCAUCGCGUGCUGCUGUACUCCCAGAUGACCAAGCUCAUGGAUAUCUUGGAGGAGUACUUGAUCUAUAGGCAGUACAAGUACUUGCGGUUGGAUGGAUCGUGCAAGGUGGAGACGCGCCGUGACCUUGUCAAUGACUGGCAGACCAAGCCCGAGUACUUCGUCUUUCUGCUUAGUACGAAGGCAGGUGGUGUGGGCAUCAACCUUACUGCUGCGGACACAGUGGUGUUCUACGAUCAUGACUGGAAUCCGUCCAAUGAUGCGCAGGCUAUGGAUCGUGCCCAUCGACUUGGUCAAACCCGCCAGGUCACGGUCUACCGGUUGAUCUGUCGCAACACCGUCGAUGAGCGUGUUCUGAAGAUGGCUCGUAGAAAGAAAGAUGUGCAAGACGUGGUCGUCGGUAACAAGUCGUUCGCGGAAGCCAUCAAGGCGAACGAGGUUGUCGAACUGCUGCUCGGCGACGAGAACGUCGACAACUUGGGCGACACUGGCAAGCGUAUCUCGUUCCAGAACGAUGAUGACGACGAAUUCGGUCAGUCUGGUCCGGCGAAGGGUGAAGGCGAAGCGGAUGACGAAGACACGAACGGCACGCCUGUUCCAAGCACGUCUGGGCGUGGACGUGGGCGCGGUAGAGGUCGUGGUGGGGGCCGUGGCCGUGGUGGUGCACCGGGCAAGCGGGGGCGUAAGAAGCAGUCCGACGACUGA